AUGUUAGGGUUUCGUGCGCAGCUCACCGUCACGACGUCUUCUCCUAAGCGCCGAAAAGUUUCCCCAGAGCCUCGUCCCAGCCCAGGCCUUCGGGCUCGACGUCACGGCCGCUCCGUUCCUCCCUCCCGCACUCGCCACACAUCUACCUCUCGCUACAGGAGCUCUUCCCUGUCACCACGUCGCUACGUGCCGGCUCAUUUGCGGUUCCGGCGUGAAACCAAGCUCGGUGGCCGCUCGCUAACUCCCGCGACUGCGACCGCCGAACUGACCCUUGCAAGCGAGCAUUCCGAUAUGCCCUCCGAUACUCGAGAGGGUACUCCUCCCACAAACAGCGAUGGCAGAUCCCCUUCACCCGGCGAGAAGCGCCCUGCAUCCGAAAUCACAGACUCAGAUCCUGAAGGGGGCGUAAGCACAGUCGCCAUUGUCUACGCGGAGGAUUCUGAAAUUAUCAAGAAUAAUGAAACCUAUCCCACACCCUCGAGCUCCGACCACAAAACCUACUCCUCCCCGGUGCCUUGUGAGCAGUCAAAGUCAGAGGGAGGGUCUUUCCGCCCGGAUGGCACUCCUACAAUUGAUGAGCAGGUGGCUGAGGUGAACACACUGAUGGGCGAACCGAAGAAGGAUGGACAAAAGGGCUACGUGGUCUCGAUGGCAUGGUUGAAGAAGGUGCUUGCUCGAACUACAUCCCAUGCUGAUCACAUGGACCAAUCAAUAGAAAGCAACAUCGGCCCCGUCGACAACAUGGACAUUGUGCUCGACAUCGACUCGGCCACAACCGGCUUCAAGGACGAGGCUGGGGACAUAUUUGUGCCCAUGCGCCCUGGUCUGCAGGAUGCUGCAGACUUUGUGAUUGUUCCUCAGCAAGGUUGGAAUUUGAUUGAAAAAUGGUACGGACUGGCCGACCAGUCACCCACCAUUAUCCGCUACGCCCACAACAUUAGCCAGCCUGGCGACGACGCAAAAAUCGAAUACGAGACGUACCCACCAAUUCUCACCAUCUUCAAAUUGUCCAACCCUUCUUCUGGUACCACUCCCGCAACAUUGAAGGAGAGGGACCUGCCGUCCGUCAAGACCUUGACCAGCCGCCAAACCAGCUUCCAGAAAUGGCUGAAGGAGGCCAAAGAGAAAUCGGGCAUUGAUAUCUCUACCAAGGUCCGAGUUUGGAAGAUUCUUCAGCUUCCUCGCAGCACAAACACAUCGACUGUGGUGACUCCAGCUGCUUCUCGCACCACAUCACCAGCUCCUGCGUCAGCUCUCAUCCCCCACACCGCCGACAAGCUUCUCCUUGACUUGAACACUUUCCUCGGACUCUCCGAGGGCAGCCAGCGAGUGUUGCUGGAACACGUCAAGGAUGAAACCAAUAACCCCAAAUACAACGGUCGCAUGUCGUUGGACAUUGCUGGUCUUGGUUCCGCGGACUGUGUUGUUCUCGAGGAACAGGUCGGCGGCUCGAAGGGUGGAGAAUGGGUCUCUGAGGCCUCGGCCCAAACCCUGAAACGGUUGGGUAUUCCUGUGGAGCCCAAAUCUGAAUACAAGUCCACUGCUCUCACUCUGGCAAACAGUCCAAUCUCUAGUGGCAGGUCCACCCCCGCGUUGGGACCCGCUCCUUUCAAACAACUGUUUGGUCGAGGCCGAAAGGGUAAACUGCCGAGAAUCGUGGGUUUGGACAACCUGGGCAACACUUGUUACAUGAACUCAGCUUUGCAAUGUGUGCGAAGCAUUGAAGAACUCACAUAUUAUUUCCUCAGUAACAAAUACAAAUCCGAGUUGAAUCCCGAAAACAAACUCGGGUGUGGCGGAAUUAUUGCCAAACAAUACGCAGGUCUGCUAGAGGAUCUUUACAACCCUGACGCUAUGAACCACGUCAAUCCCAGCAAAUUUCGUCGCGCCGCUGGUAGGCAACGUUCGGAAUUUGCCGGUUAUGAACAACACGAUAGCCAAGAAUUCCUGAUGUUCCUUCUUGACAAACUGUCUGAAGACUUGAGUCGAAUUGGCGAAAAGCCCUAUUUCACCAUUCCUGACUCCACCGAUGCCAUGGUGCAUGAUCGCAAUGCCCUGGAGGAGUUCGGAAAGACCUGUUGGAAGAUCUACGAGGCUCGCAACUCCUCCGUUAUCACAGACCUGUUUUCAGGAAUGUACAAGUCAACACUGAUUUGUCCCGACUGCCACAAGACCAGUUUCAUCAUGGAUCCCUUCAGCACCCUUACCCUGCCGAUUCCAGCUGGAUCCCAGCCUUUGACUCGCAAGAUCACAUUCGUACCUCGUGAUGGUCCGCCGGUGUGCCUUGUUGUUCGGCUUGAGUCCUCUGAUACUCUCAAGACCUGGAAGGAUUUUGUCGGUGAGAAGAUGGGGAUCGAUGGAAGACGGAUCUUUGCCGCGGAGAGUUACGACCACACUUUCUUCAAAACGUUCCAAGACGAUGACAGCUCAUUUGAAAGCCUUGAGACCACACAGAAUGACACCAUCGUAUUCUACGACUUGGGGCCUGUUUCGGCGUCCAAUGAUGACGAUAAAAUUAUUGUGCCUGUUUUCCACCGGAAAAUUGGCCCUCGCAAGAACAAAAUGGCAAACCGCAACCUCUUCGGACUGCCAUCUAUCCUUUGUCUUUCCCACGAAGAGGCUGGAGAUUUCGAGACAAUUUACCGCGAGCUUCUCGAACAGUCUUCCAACAUGACUACAUGUGAUAUGUUCAAUGAGCAAAGUACCCAAGACGAGCACGCAACGGACGAUUCCGACACCGUGAUCAUGAAUGAGGACGAUGCGCAGUCAGCUGAUUCCAGAAUCAAGACAACAUCUGUCGAUGGCGACAACAGUAUUGUGGACAUUUCCAUGCAUGACGCUCAAAUCCCCAAGGUUGCUGAAAAUACCGAGGUUUCGGACUCCAACUCAGACUCUCAAUCCAUCAAGACCCCACAGCAUCCUUUGGCUGGCAAGAUUCCGGCGAACUUGUUGGCUCUUUUCGAGGCGAAGGUCAUGAGCGACAAGAAGGCCGUGAGUGACAACAAGGCCGUCCCUGAGGGCCGUAACAUGGACAAGGAUCUCCCCUUGCUUGCUUCCCGUAUUCAUUCUUUGAAAAUUUCGAACAAGGUAUGUUUGACCUCUCUCUCCAUGUCGUUGUGUGAGUUGCUAAUUCUCUUACAGGAUUGCGAUUCGGCAUCUCACGGUUCCGCAGACAACAGUGAUGAAUACAGCGACACAGAUGCAUCGGACAUUGAGCCACAUACAACAACCCAACUUCUUCGUCAUGGCGACGCGAUUGUUCUUGACUGGACUGCCGAGGCCUUUGAUGUUCUCUUCAGCGUGAAGAACAAAGCCUCCGAUCAACUCCGUGGUGUGGGUACUUACAAUUCGCCCAAGACUGUCUUUGAUCAAACCCGCCUGUCCCAGCCGAAGAAAACUCCUUCUGUGACUCUUGAUGAAUGCCUGGAUGUGUUCAGCAAAGCGGAAGUUCUGUCUCGGGGAGACACCUGGUAUUGUCCUGACUGCAAGAACCAGGUUCAGGCCACCAAAAAAUUCAAUUUGUGGAAAGCCCCUGAUGUGAUGAUCAUUCAACUCAAGCGAUUUAGCCAUAGCCAAUUCGGUCGUUUCAACAGCAAGAUUACGACCUUGGUUGACUUCCCUCUUGAAGGUCUGGAUUUGACUGGCCGAGUGCAAGGCCCCAGUGAUGGAAAGAGUCUGUUGUAUGAUCUUGUCGCCAUUGAUAACCACAUGGGCUCCCUGAGCGGUGGCCACUACACUGCCUACAUCAAAGAUUUCAUGUCUGGCAAGUGGUACUACUGCAAUGAUACAAGUGCUAGCGUUGUGAACGACCCGCAAAGCAUGGUAAGGUCUAGCGCCUACCUGCUGUUCUAUCGCCGCCGUUCCGAGCGCCCUCUGGGCAACCAGGAGCUGCAAGAGCUGGUUGAAACCUACAAGAACCCCUCGGGUGGUGAGUCUGGCAGCUCCUCCCCUUCUCAAUCACCGACGGGGGAAGGCCAGCGCCUUGGCGGCUCUUCCCGCAAUGGGUCGUCGAGCGGCUUGGCCGGAGCCGGAGUAGCUCCCCAAGCGGGGAACGGUUUGGAAGUCGGGAAUCACGCUGCGAACAUGGAUGAGUAUUCCUCAACUGACGAAAAUGAUGAGAGCUCCGAGGAAGGCGAAGGUAUGCAACUCACCAGCAACGGAAGGAACACGUUCGAUCGCCUCAACAUCUUCCAAGGACCUUCGUGGUCUUUCAACAAUUCGACCAGCGCUCACGAAAUCUCACAGAUAACAACUGGUAAUGCCUCCGAUGAGGAGCACGGCCUGUUUGAUGAAGACGAUGAGAUCGACAGCAACCUGGCCGUUGAUGACGAAGACAUGGGUCUGGAGACCCGAUUAAGUGAACUGGAGGACUCUCACCCAACCCUCAAAUCUCAGGGGGAGACCUCAUUUGAAGAUGUUUCCAACCUCAUGGAUGGAGACUCCUCAGAUGACCUUCCCGUUGUGGAGCUGAGGGUUGGGGAUGAGGACAAGAUGAGCUCGGACUGA